UCUGUCCUUGCAAAUAUCUAAACCUUUGUUGCUAUAGACUAUGCAUUCAGUUGAGCAUUGCUGUUGUUUGCUACAAAAGGCUUGCUAAUAUUUGAAAGUUUUAGUUUUGCCACAGAACAACAUGAUCACACAGGAAAUCGAAAUCAACCCCAUUCAGCUGAAUUACUGAUAUGUGCCAUCAUCUAUCAGACAUUUUGAUGAACGUUACCUUUCUUUCUUGCGGUACUGAGCAGCCUCUGUGGCACGGGUAACAGGAAAUAAUUGUGUUCACAUAAUCAAUGAUGAGCGAGGUACGCAGGUUGCAUUUUCACUCUAAAAUCACAUUUUUACUCUACUGACGGCUAGGUUUGGGGUUUGGGUCAGGGCAUAUGGUUUAUAAAAUAUGCAUUCCUGUUGACUGUAAUACAUCAUUGGCAACUUAAAAUCAAACUUGCUUUUGGCAGCACUCUGUGGGCAUUUCACCCAGAAACGAGCCCAUACAUUCAACAACACAUCCAGCUUCAGCCACUGGGGGCAGUGAUUCAAAUUUCGGUAAACAGACUGAUUUCAUCAGCAGAACUUUUGACCUACUGAUGCCGAAUUCACAGUGUGAUCAGCCUGAAAGAACUCCAAUUUGUUCUUAUUGACAUUUUGAAAGUAUCCAAGCUGUGACUUAGAAUUAUAGCAUGGACAACUGGAUAUUAUUAUUCACAUUCGUUAAACGUGCCACUUUAUGGUAAAACCAAUUAAAUAGGUCUAAACCCAAGGUUUUCAACCAGGGGUCCACAAAAGUUCUGCAGGGUGUCAGAUAUAUAUAAUAUAUAGGAUUUUUUUUUUUAUUUUAUUUUUUUUAAGAUACAAAUAUUUUAUGUACAGUCAUUAAGAACCCUAUUAGGAACACCUGUACACCUACUUAUUCAUGCGAUUAUCUAAUUAGCCAAUCGUGUGGCAGCGGUGCAAUGCAUAAAAUCAGGCAGAUACGGGUCAGGAGCUUCAGUUAAUGUUCACAUCAAUCAUCAAAAUGGGGAGAAAAUGUGAUCUUAGUUAUUUCGACAGUGGCAUGAUUGUUGGUGCCAGAAGGGCUGGUUUGAGUAUUUCUGUAAUUGCAGAUCUCAUGGGAUUUUACAUCACAACAGUCUCUAGAAUUUACUCCGAAUGGUGCCAAAAAACAAAAAACAUCCAGUGAGGGGCAGUUCUGCAGACAGAAACACCUUGUUGAUGAGAUAGGUCAACGGAGAAUGGACAGACUGGUUCAAGUUGACAGAAAGGCUAUGGUAACUCAGAUAACUGCUCUGUACAAUUGUAGUGAGCCAAAUAGCAUCUCAGAAUGCACAACACCUUGAGUUGGAUGGGCUACAACAGGAGAAGACCACGUCGGGCACUUUAUCAGGACCAGUGUUCCUAAUAAAGUGCUCAGAGUGUGUAUAUUACUAGAAAUGUAUAUAAUGUACUCGAUGGGGUACAUUAAUGAAAUGGAAGGUAAUAAUGUUAAUGUUACUACUGAAAGUAUUUCUAAAAUUUUACAGAGAAAAUCUAGACUUUUUAUAUAUUAACCUUCUUUUGCUCCACUGUUGAUAGGUCAGCUUUCCAUAAUUGUAUUCAUUUGGAUGAAUAAGCUAUAAAAGAAAUGUUAUACAUAAACAUUUUGGGAAACUGAUGUAUUGUACAGUUUAUUCAUCUGUACAUGGGAGCCAUUUUGCUACUGUGUAAGCUUUUAUUUGUAAUGCAAUUUGAAUUAAUGUCAGAAUGAGUAGUUUGAGUUGAUUACCAUGUGACCUGUAUAAUGCAAAUGAGAAAAGUUAUUGGGGAAAUAAUUGGACUAGGAUAUCAUUCUGGACAUAUCGACUGUCUGUGCAGCCUCUCCAUAUUUUGACAGUCCACUUGUAACUUUAGGAGUGAUCACUCAAAUAAAAUCAAACGUCUUGAAUACACCAGCGAAUGAUGCUUUGAGGAAUUGUAAAGCAUAGAGAAAUUAAUGGCACAAAACGAAGAUGUCUAAAGGCAUUAUUCUUCUUUUUCUGGGAUUGUUUGUUAAGGUUUCUGUGGCAGAUAACUCAACACAGGUUUUCUUGUUUGAGCUUGAAGUAGAAGCAUCAAUAUAUAAUAACAUAACAAACUAUCUUAUGAACGUCAUUACAAAUGUGGAUAAUGCGACUGUAUUCAACUUUAACAUUACCACAGAUUGUACAUUGAAGGAAGAUGAAAAGAACUGCACUUGCAACACAGGAUACACAUGGACUUCGGACAUAUGCAAAAAGUACAAGUGCUGCAGCAAUGAAAUUUGCACUCUUAAUAUUAACGAAACUGCUGUGUGUCUGUCUGACAAAAGAGUAAGCAUCAAUGGAACAACCACUAUGACUGAAUAUAAUUACAAUGAGUUAUAUCAAACAGACAAAACACCUACUGACGAGUACCUCCAAAUAACCACUGAAAUAAUUAAAAAGCUCAAAACUAGUUUCAGCAUUUUGCCAUGGUUUGACUCUCUGGUUAUCACGAAUAUAAGGAGUGGCAGUGUGAUUGUGGACUAUACGGUGCAGUUGCUCGGUCCAGUAACUAACCUUACUCAGCUUGAGAAUAUAGCCAAUAGCCUCUCUGGAUCUACUAUUGUGACAAAAGGACUCGUAACUAUUAAUGUACCUCAGAAUCAACCCGUUGAUAUCGGGUCACAAGCAAGUAUAAACUGUACACCUCAAGAAGACCUAGGACCUGUAAAGUGGCUCUUGGUGGGGACACAGAAUAAAAUAACAGAAAUAACAAAUGGAGUAGAAGCUUCCUUGCAAAAAAACACACAUUUGACUGACACUGUUUAUCUAACAUCCAUUUCAGGAAGUUGGAAAGGAACAUUUACAUGUCAGUAUACAAGAAACUCCAUUCAACACACAGCAAGUGACAAGUUGGACAUUGCACUAUUGCCAGAUAUACGUGGCAUAAGUGAGCCACAAUUUCCUGACUGUAGAAAUCGAAACAAAAAGCUUAAGGUUAAAAUUUGGUGUUCAAUCUCUGACAGCGCAGAAAAUUAUAGUGUUACAUGGAACAGCACUGACCUCACUGAUCUAACAAGUCAACCACAAGAGGUCAGAGGGGGCUUUAUCUAUUACAUAGUGGAUGCAACGAUAGAUUGUAUGAAAUAUGGAAACAUGACAGAAGAGGUGAGCGUCACAUGUAAAUUCACUAACAACAGAGCCAAAAGCAAUCGAGACAGACAAAACACAGUGAACAUCCCAGUCAUUAAUGAAUAUUCACAAUUCUGUGAAGCUGAGGAUAUCUGGCCAGUGACAAAAAGCAAUCACCACGCCAUAAAGUAUUGUGAUGACUUAAGUUCUGGAGAUAGACGGAGACUAUGCAAUGGGACAUGGCAACAGGAAAUCUCUUUUUGUGUAAAUGUGAAUCUAUAUGAUAUUCAGAAGCAUGUACAGGAACUAAACAAAGGACUUGGGAUAAUUAAGGAUGUAGCAAACACUAUUUUCAACCGGUUACAACAAACAACCACUACUGAGAACUUCAUCUCCUAUGCAAAUAUUAAUGCAUCUGUGAAUAUUAUUGAUGGCAUGAAUAAUGUGUCUAUACAACAGUCAAAUCAAUGGAAUGACACUGUCAUACCUGAUUUUAUCAAGUCUGCAAGUAAUCUUUUGAAUGCAACGGAACCCUGGCUAGAAGUUAAACAAGACAACUUAUCUCUAAAAUAUCUACAUACUAUUGAGAGCACAAUAAGGAAUGCAAACAUAUCUAAAUCUUUCAAUCUUACAGAAAAUGUUAAACUAGUGCUCUGUAAUAUUAGCAAUAACUGCAACAUCUCCACAGCCAGCGUCACAUCAAACGACAACAUUGUAGCUGUUGAAUUCAGGAACCUGGCUAAAAUUUUACCAAGACCCCUGAAGGAUAAAAGCAAUCUAUCAGAUGCGCCCAUCUUGUCGGUUACCACUGUAAAUAAAAUCGGUGGGACAGGUGUGUUUAAUGUUACGCUGUCGUUCAGUUAUGCGAAUCGAAGACUUCGUAACCAUAAAAUGUUUUGUGUUUUUUGGAAUGAAACUCUGAUGAACUGGUCUGAGAAGGGGUGUUUAUGGGGUGGUAUAAAAAAUCCAGACAUCUGCACAUGUAAUCACAACACUUCAUUUACCAUACUGAUGUCCAAAACUGCAGUGAGCCUUCUGUAUAUGGACGAACUGACAUACGUUGGCUUGGGAAUUUCGAUCGUUUCACUUGUUCUGUGUUUAUUGGUCGAGUUUUUGGUAUGGGAUACGGUUGUAAAAUCGAACAUCUCCAGUUUUCGGCACAUAGCCUUAGUCAACAUUUCCAUAUGCUUACUGCUCGCAUAUAUUGGAUUUUUGGCAUCUGUCAACCCAAUGGAUAGCCAAGCAAAUUGGUGCGUGAUCCUCACAGUUGUCAAACAUUUUUGUUUCCUGUCCGUCUUUUUCUGGAUGCUGUGCUUGAGUUUUGUGCUGCUUCACCAAAUAAUCUUUGUCUUCGAUCAGCUACGGAAAAAGGUUUAUUUGGGAUUAUCUAUCACUCUUGGUUAUGUAUGCCCAUUUCUGUGUGUGGCAGCAACCUUUAUUUCCUUUGAGAAUGGUAAGGAUGGUGAAUACUAUUCAAAAGAGACAUGCUGGCUACUAUACAAGGGAACACUCAAGGGAUCCAUCUUUGCCUUUGUUAUUCCGGUUGGCAUUAUUGUGUUCAUAAACAUGUUCACACUUUUUGUGGUGAUUACAAAGAUAGUAACGCCUACUGUAUCAGAGGCAAAAGCUCGGGAUGAAAAGGCCGUUGCCAGAAGCAUCAUGAAGACAGUAGUCUUCCUCUGCCCUGUCCUUGGGAUCACAUGGAUCUUUGGGUUGUUUGUGCUCAUUAUUGACCUUACAGAUACUCCCUUAGCCCACAUUGUGAAUUAUGCAUUUACAGUGCUCAAUUCACUACAGGGCUUUUUCAUAUUUCUUACAAACUGCUUUGGAGAGAAAAAGGUCCGUGAUGCACUUCUAAUGCGUUUCAAAGGCAAGCAAUCUGUACAUUUCAAAAGUGAAAGUUCAACAAAAGCAGUGUCCUCAGUAAUGAAGAAAUAAUGAUUGGACAUUAGAAUUUUAAGAUCUGGAUAUGAAAGGUUAAGUCAAUGCAUGCUAAAGUACCAAAGGAAGAGAAGAGACGGAAUACGAGGACAAUUUGAAUUUUCAUGUCUGUGUCUUAUGUUUCAUAUGCAGAUUGUGUUAUCUAUUAAACAAUGACUUUAUGAAAUUGUUUAACAUUAAAAAACUAUGUGAUAUUUUAGUUGAAACAGCGAUACUGUACAAAUAUAUCUAUUUAUUCAAGCAUGGAUACUUUCUUGUUUUAGUUUAAUAUAGUCCUAAUGUAUCUACUUUCUUUGCAAGGACGAGAGAUUAAUUUUAGAGAGGGAUUAAAUAUUUGAUGCUUGCAUGUCUAUGUAAAUAUACAGUAUAUAUCCUACUCGGUAUUACUCAAAACUGCUCUUUCUUUUUAAGAUACAGCCUUAAUUAAGUGCAUGUUAGGGUUAGGGUUAGUUUUUUUUAAUGUUGUAAACUAAAAUGUUUGGAGUGUACAUUACUGCACGUUUUCUCUUCUUGUUCACUGUUUUAAAAAGUAAUUUUAUCAAAAGAGUGUGUCCAUUCGAUUGUAAUUUAGCUUUUAUGUAACUUGUUUAACUUUAAAAAAAAUUGGUAUAAUAAAAUCUGCUCUUUAAUUGUUUUUUC